UGUCAUUUGUAGUCCUUGCUGAGAAGCGAUAAAAAGACCUUGAAAUGGAGGAUGAAGAAGGCUACGCGAAACUUCAUUUCAAAGCAAGAAAGAAAAGCUCCAGUGCAGAACUUACGUCUUGUUCCUCAGGCUUGCGGUAUGUCAUUGCACUCUCAGGAUUUUUGAAUGUUCUAUUUCUUGGAGCUGUGAUCGCGCUAUUUCAGCAGUGUGACUUGCAAUCAAGUGACAUGUGGAAGCCCAGAGAAAAUCUUUCUGAAAGUGAUAAUACUUCUGAAGAUGAUCUUCAUGAAAACAGUUUACUCACUGCAUUAAAGGACAACUUAUGCAUGUAUACAAAUGACUCCAGAUGUGAACUCUGCCCCGUCGGCUGGAAGCUACAUUAUGGGAGAUGUUAUUACUACUCAGAAAAUCGUGAUACCUGGAAAAAUAGUAAGGCAUAUUGCUUGGGAAAAAAAUCUGAGCUCCUGGUUAUAGAAGAUGAGGCUGAAAUGUUUUAUAAUAAAAGGAAGGAAGCAAGAAGAAAAAUGUGCUGCCUAUAAAUUGACAGAAGUGCAUGCUGAUAACUGCCAUUCCCUAUAUAAGUGGAUUUGUAAGAAGAGGGCAUUCGUGUUGGCUAUCUAAGAUAUUGUAAAAUGAAAGUGAAAAGGGACUUUGAAGGUUUACAGCAUUUUACAGCAUGUAGGAUAGCUGAUGUAAAAUGAAGGGGAAAAUUGCUGACUUGAAUUUUGAUGAAUUGAUACAUUGUGA